AUAUGGCUUCUCACCAUUAUUAUAGUGCAGACCCAAGCUAUGCAAGAGCAACAGAACAAAAUUCUGGUAAAGUGUAUAUUAACCCCAAUUUCCAAAGGAAUCAUAGUGCUCCUGUGCCUCAGACUAGAUCGAUGUAUAUAAACCCUCUUUUUUCCCAUCAUACAAGUACUAUAAGUAGUAUUGCCAAAACAAAAAUUUAUGUAAACCCUAAUUUUGUUAAGCCACACACAGCUGAUAUUACAACACAAUAUUUUGAAAGACCUGUUCUAAAACCUGAUAAUGAGAUUGCUAUUCACAACAGUCUUCCGAAAAUUGUAUCAAAUUCAACACCAAUUAUACCACAGAAUACAGCUACAGUUACUACAGCAGGAAUGUCAUUAGGUCAUGUUGCGAAUUCUCGAUAUACUUUAGUGCGACACAACAACAAGGCAACUGCUAGGAAUGUGCUAGCUGAAUCCUCAGAAUGUGUGACUAAAUUAAAAAUUAGCAAGUACAAAACAGUAUCAGUUGCACAUGUAAAAAAUAAUUUCGACACAGAUAAACUCAACAGAUUAAGUUCUCUACAUAAUACAGAAAAAGUAACACCAGAUAAUAUAAAUAUUCCUUCUAGGUUCUUACAGAGCAGGUUCAAAUUAGUAAGGAGAAAUUCAGCACCAGUGGUAACAAAAACAAAUACUAAAUCUGUAAUAAGAAAGCAGAAUCUGAAUUCAUCAAAAGCUAUUGUAUCGCGAUCUAGUCAAAAGGUCAAGAUAAUAAUUAAUAAACGAAAUUUAAAGAAAAAUAAUAUUCCUUGCCCUCAGUUUAGAAAAUAUGGAAAAUGUUUAAGAAGUUUAAUAGGACAUUGUGCAUUCUUACAUGACAAAAAACAUGUUUCAAUAUGUAGAAAGUUCCUGAAAGGGCUUUGUCAUGACAAAGAUUGUCUGUUAUCACAUGAAGUUACAGCAGAGAAAAUGCCAACUUGUUCUUUCUAUUUAAAAGGAAUGUGCACGAAAGAAGAUUGCCCAUAUCUGCAUGUUAAAUUAAACGAGAAAACUAAAAUAUGUGCAGAUUUUUUGAGAGGAUACUGUGAGAAGGGAGACAAAUGUUUGAAUCGCCACAUAAACAUUUGUCCAGAAUUGGCAGUUAAAAGUGUUUGUACCAGAAAACGAUGUCCAUACCCCCACAAGGUUAAUAAAAAAAAUAUACAUAAAAAAACAAAGGUCCAAGAGACCCUUAACCAAAGUGUCAAAUAUAAUAAUUCUCGAAAUAAAGUUAAUAAACGUAAAGAAAUACCAGACUUAAAUUCUAAAUCAGAAGAUGAUCAAAUGGAUUGUAGAUAUUAUAAAGAAGUUCUAGACAAAGAUGUUUCUACUGAAAUCGCCACAAUCAAACCCUCUAGAUGUAAAUUAGGUGCUUUACCAUCUUUUAUCCAUUUAUAAUAUGUUAGGAUUCUAAUGAUGUGUAGUUAUUUUUGUAAUUCACUUUUAAAAUAAAACUAUGUUUUAAUUAAAACAA